AUGCUCUCAGGUCUGAGCGGUACGAUUGCAACCGUAAGUUUAGAUACAGAAGGCUUCUACCUUGCUGUAAACCAGUACGAUCUCCAUUUCCCCAAAAGUACAUCCGAGCUUCCACAGUUCACAAAGACAUUAACAACAAAUGCACUUGUAAGGCAUAAGUCCACUGCACCGAGAAAUCGAUCUCUCUUUAUGCUUAAAGACUAUAAACUAUGGGCUGGAUUGCUUUAUACGAUGAAUAUUACUGCAUUUAAUGCCAUUUAUGGUCACUAUAUCACAGGACCUGCUGCCAAAUCUUGGUCGCUCUUUUCAGACAUCACAUUCAACACGGUUCACAGUUUCAUCAACAGGUCGAGUUCAUUGACAGUAGAAGAUGUGCAACGACUUAGCAUGGCAUUCAAAUUUCCUGUUUCACCAUUUCUAAAGCGGACCAAGUUUACUGUUCCAAACGAAUACAGAAAACGAGCUGGCGAUCUACUCGAAUCUUUGUUUAGUGAUGAAGAACAGCAACGUAUUGGCUGGGACUGGCGUAAAAAGCGAGAUACGGAUACGGAAAUCACAGGUGAAUGGCUUCAAAGAGUAGGAAACCCAUUGGACCCUUGUAAGGAGAGUGUUGUUCUUUAUUUGCAUGGUGGGGCAUACUACCUUUGUAACUAUGAAAUGUACAGACCCUUCUUGACCAAGUUGAUCAAGUAUUCCAAUUGUCGCACCUGUUCUAUUAAUUAUAGACUAGCUCCACAAAAUCCAUUCCCAGCAGCUCUAGAAGACGCAUUAGCUACCUAUCUUUACCUUACUCAGCCUCCAGAAGGUGAGGGACUCCUACCGACGGAUCCUAAAAAGAUCGUUAUCUCUGGUGAUUCAGCUGGCGGUGGACUUACCAUGGCGCUCUUACUCGCCAUUCGAGACGCUGGCUUACCUCUUCCCGCUGGAGCCAUGCCGAUGUGCCCAUGGGUUGAUCUAACUCACUCACUUCCUUCCAUUCUGUUGAACAUGAUGACAGACUUUCUACCAGCAGUUGGAUUUAAACAUGCACCUUCACCAGCAUUAGAUUAUGCACAGCUUCCUCAACGACAGCAGGAUACCAAGAUGCUAGAAGAAGCGAGUAAAAAGGCCAAGGAGGCCAAAGAUAAACAUAAACUGACAAUCCCAGAAGACGAAGACGACGCAACUCAACAUAGAGAAUCCAUCGGUCCAUUUGGUAUUCCUGUACCGCACACAGAUGAUGACAACGACAUGUAUCGUGUCCAAUUUUAUGCACCAAAUGAAGCACUCAAACUGCCAAUGGUUAGCCCUAUCUUUGAUAGACGUCGAUUAAGAGGGCUUCCGCCUCUUUUGAUUCAAUGUGGCAAGUCCGAACGACUCCGAGAUGAAUCAAUUUACCUUACCCUCCAAGGAACCGGCACAUUCCCCGAUAAGAACGAUAAACAGUACGGGAAAUCGACAAAGAUCACCUUGGAGAUCUUUGUGGACCAGCCGCAUGUAUUUCAAGUGAUGUUUAUGUGGACAAAGCCUACAAAACGAGCAGUCCGAAACCUUGCAGCAUUUUUAGCAGAAGUGACUGGAUCACCUGCGAACGUACGUAAAGGUGGAAAGUAUCUCUCGGAUCAAUUACUGUCCGUGAAAGAGAUCAGUCCGCGGGGAGAAAUGGUAGAUGCAAAGACGAGGCUGUUGGAAGAAGUAAAUGAGGAUACAUGGAAUAAAUGGAACACUAGAUUGGCAAGACCAAGCAUCAAGGAGCGCAUAGACGAAGUACGCGCAUAUUACCAUCAGCUAAUAGAUCAAAAGACAUAA